AUGGAAGAACAACAACGUCUAAUAGCAUCACGGAGAGCACACAGAGCACAUUUAACGAAAGUUUUGAAGAAAAUUACCGAACUAAAAGAAGUAGAAGACGAUCAAAAUGAACAGCAUGCUAUUGUGACACUUGGCAGUUAUUUAGAGCAACUCCAACGGAAAGGACAGGUACUAUCAGAACUAGACAAUAAGAUAUUUGAACUAUUCACAAAACCUGAAGAUUUGGAAGCAGAUAUUAUCGAGGCAGAAGACACACAGAGUUUUAUCGCAGAGACAAUUUGUACAACUAAAAAUUUUAUUGAGAACAAAACCAAGUCCAUGAACAUAAGUCAGCACGACCAAGCAGCAGGAGCGAGUAACAAUAUUCAACAAACGCCAGAAAGCAACCAGGCAACAAGCAGUGAGAGUGAACCAGCAGGAAAUCAACCAUCAACACCAGAAGAGACACAACCACAAUCAAGCACAGUAAGUGAAAAUUUACCUGUCAAUUUAAACCAGCCACCCACUACAAGUACGUCAGUUACAAGUACAAACCCCACCAUUUCGAACAGUAGUUACAGCAUGAGUCGACUCCCAAAGUUAGCACUACCAACCUUUGACGGCAACCCCUUGAAUUGGCAAACGUUCUGGGAUUCCUUCCGCACAGCAGUACACGAUAACCCGUAUCUAAGCAACAUACAGAAACUGAACUAUUUAAGAGCCCAGUUAAUUGGGGAAGCAUCAAGGUCAAUCGCUGGAUUUCCUUUAACCGAAAAUAACUAUCUAGAGAGUAUCAAACUAUUACAAGAGAGAUUUGGUCAACAACACAGAGCAGUGAGUGCACACAUGCAAGCAUUAUUAAACAUACCAAGCCCGACAAGUACCUUGUCUAGUCUAAAGAGUUUCUACGACACAUUGGAAACACAUAUCCGUGCACUCGAAGCGUUAGGAAAAUCACACGAUUCAUAUGGGGACAUUUUGAUUCCUAUAAUCCAUAAGAAAUUGCCAGCAGACUUGAUAAAAACACUUACGAGAGAACACAACACUAAUGAAUGGAAACUAGAUGAGCUCCGAAAGGCAAUACGCAGAGAAAUCGACAUAUUAGAAGUAGGCGAAAAUAACCCCUCUAAGCAACACCCAAAUGAAAUUUGUCCAGACCCACCUACAGCAGCAUUUGCCAUUAGACAAUCAAAAAACUCGACAUACAAGCCCGGAAGCCCCGUCAUGUACCAUCAACCACAGCAAAGCGAGCAUGUGUUUACUGCAAAGGUUUGCAUAGUCCAAAUAACUGUACUGUCAUAACUGACAAGAAACACAGACACAACAUAGUGCGAGAUUUCAAACUAUGUUUCAAUUGUCUUAAUGAUAAUCACAUUGUGUCCCAGUGCAAGACAAGGGGUCGAUGCAAAAUUUGUCAUCGCAAACAUCACACAAGUUUAUGUUCAGCAGAAAAUCCCCCACCUCCCAACCAAGAUAAACAGGACCCCACACCAAAUGUUCCAAACCAAUCAGUAAAUACAAUUAAUACCGCCCCAACCGAAAACAUGGCCACACCCACAUCUAUUUCACCCGCAGCAACAACGCCCACAACCAUUUCACCCACAACAAUUCAACAUCUAAGUGAAAACAAACACAAGUCAACAUUGUUGAAGACAGCCAUCUCUCCAAUUGAGUACAUUGGGUCAACAGUUACUGCCCACAUUUUGUUUGACGAAGGGUCUCAUCGUUCAUUUAUCACCAGUAGCUUAGCCAGGAAUGUGGGUCUAACAGCGGAACGCGAGGAAACCCUUUCCCUCUCCACAUUUGGUGGGACAACCACAUCAGUAAGAAGAGUAGAAGUAGGUACCAUCAACUUGCAGACUCCUGUAGGAGAAAACAUUCCCAUUGAAGUUAUCAUUGUUCCCACAAUUGCUGCCCCUUUACAAAGUUUUACCACCAUUGAUUUGCAUAAUUUGCCCCACCUUAAAGGACUGACAUUUGCACACCCAAUAACGAAUGAGCAUACCUUUGACAUUGAUUUAUUGAUUGGAGCAGAUCAUUAUUGGAAUGUCGUUGAAGAUGAAAUAAUCAAGGGUUCUGGUCCAACAGCAGCAAAGUCAAAGAUUGGUUAUCUCCUGUCAGGACCCAUUCCACUGACCAACCAAACGUCUGCAUUAAACACCACCAUUUUAAACAUCAUGACAGCAAGCAAGGAUGAUGAAUUUGAAUUCCGACGUUUUUGGGAGCUAGAGUCAAUUGGAAUUCAACCACGUGAAAAGGACGAUACAUCAGAUUUCUUGCAACAAUACCAAGACAAAUCUAUUUCCCUGAAAGACGGAAAAUACCAUGCCAAAUUACCGUGGAAACCCGAUCAACCAAUCCUACCACCCAAUGCUGAAAUCGCUGCGAAAAGAACAAGAUCAAUGGUACGACGAAUGGCGAAUGAUCCAGAGAAGUUAAAAAUGUACAACGACGUGAUCAUUAAUCAAGAAAAACAAGGUUUCAUCGAGAAAGUGGAAAACCCAAACAUGAACACUCGAACAUGUCACUAUAUUCCGCAUCACGCCGUAAUUAAAGAGUCAUCUACCACACCACUACGAGUCGUUUAUGACUGUAGCUGCC